UUCAGUUGCUUUUCAAAAACAAAACCCAACGGUUCGAGCCGGAGUUGGUCAAAAGAUUAAAAAAAGAAAACUCAAUUUUGUUGGAAAUUCAUAGUUUUUCCACAACCGAAUAAAUUUAACUUUUAAUAAAAUAAACAUCAAUAAAGCAACGAAACUCACUUUAAAUAUAUAUUUUAUAUUCAAUCAUUUUGUGUUGUGAAGUUUUAUUCGGAGAACAAAAAGAAAAACAGUUGAAAAAUGUCUACCCAAAUGAGGAUUAAAUACGAUGAGAACAAAGUCGACAACAAAUUGCAGCAAGUCAAAAAAUUCGGACUGCAAAAUGGCCAAGAAACCAAACGAGCAGCUCUUGGAGAGCUUGGAAACCGUGCUGUCCUUAGAACAGUUAGAGAUGGCCAAAAAGACUUGAAGGACUCAAAACUUAAUCAAUUAAAUUUGAAGAAUGCCAAGCCGAGGGUAGACACUAACUGGAAGAAACCAGCUCAAGCAAUAAGUAACAAUGUGCAGUCUACUGCUGCCGCACUCAAAACCAACUCACUUAAAUCCAACAUUGUCACGAGGUCGAAUUCGGUAAAAUUAGUCACAACAACGGGACUAACAAAUGCCGCUAACGCAAAACAUCUUCCCAAACCCCAACCAACGACGAUAACCGCCAAAGUAGUGAAAAUUGAAAAUAAUCCAUCAUAUGUUCGAUACAUUAAUAAACCAAAAAUCGAAUCCUCAGCUAAACCACAACAACAAACACAGGUAGGAACAACAAUUAGGCGGGAGGACAGCAAUUUGUCUCGUCGUUCAUUGUCGAAAUUGAAGGCUGCCAUAAAACAGCAAACGAGCAUUAAACCCACCACUGUCGCCUCUGCUCAGGCAGUUGCUGUUUCUAGCUGCAAGUCUUCUGUGGUAGCAGAUGAAAAAGUUGAGGAGGACUCCUCUUCUAAUAAAUGUAAAUCGAAUGUCAUAGAUGUUCCAUCACACUCAACCAAACUGCUGGAUGCGGUCGAAAAUAUUGAUGCAGAUGAUACGGAAAACCCAAUUCUGGUAUCAGAAUAUGUCAACGAAAUCUAUGCAUAUCUCUUUUCGUUGGAAAAACUAAUGCCUGUUGAGCCAGAACACUUGAAAGAUCAAAAAGAGGUCAUUCCAAAAAUGCGUUCGAUUUUGAUUGACUGGAUCAACGAGGUACAUCACCAGUUCCACUUGGUUCCAGAAACAUUCCACAUGUGUGUUGCAAUAAUUGACAGAUACUUGCAAGCUGUAAAGACAACCUCUCGCCAACAUCUCCAAAUGGUUGGCGUCACAUCGCUCUUUAUAGCCUCCAAGUACGAAGAACUCUUUCCACCAGCAAUCGGUGAUUUCAUUUACAUCACCGAUGACACCUACACAAAGAAUCAGCUCUUGGACAUGGAAAUGAAGAUCAUGAAGGCUCUCGACUUUAAUCUAUCUCGUCCGUUGCCAAUCCACUUUUUGCGUCGUUUCUCGAAAGCUGCCAGCGCCGAAGACUGUCAUCAUGCAAUGUCCAAGUACUUCUUGGAACUUGUCACCACCGAGUACUCCAUGGCACAUUAUCGUCCAUCAGAGAUCGCUGCCGCUUCAUUGUACCUCUCACUGCAGCUGAUAAAUCCAUCGAAAAUCCCCUCCGAUGAAAUUUGGAAUCCAACUCUAGAAUUCUACUCACGGUACAGUGCUGAACACUUGAGGCCCAUCACGCGGCAGAUUGCCAUGCUCGCCAAAAAUGCACCUUCCGCAAAACUAAAGGCUGUCUUUGUGAAGUAUCAGUCCUUCCAACUGGGCAAGAUCUCGCUGCGCCCAGAAUUGAAGGGACCCGCGAUAGACGCAAUAAUUGCCAAGGAUGAAAAUUAGUUUUAAUGUUUUAGUUUUAAGUUGGUAGAGUUGGAGUUUCUUUAAUUUUUCUCAUACUCAUUAUGCUCAAAUAUUUUUUCUUAUAUUGCAUCAAACAGUUUUUAUUUCCUGUGUCUGAAAUUAAUGUAAGUAAUUAUUAGAAAUCGAAGAAAGAAAGAAAAAUAUUCUGCAGCGUUGAGUAAUUGAUUCGGGUAGAGCAGCAAAGACUCAUUUACUGGUUGAAAAUGAUUGUAGGUCUAUUUGUUGUUUGUGUAAGUUAAAAAUACAAGAAGAACUGUAAUUUAUUUUCAGUAUACAUAUAAAUAAUUGUCUCAAGAACAAGACCAACUACGACUGAUGUAAAAUUUAGUGUAUAAGCGCGGUAUUAUUAAUUUUAUUUUAUUAUUUCCUUUAAUUUUGUUUUAUUUUGUAAAUGUUCACUACAUGUUCACAAAUGUUGUGUUUUUGAAUUAUGCCCUUUCUUAUAUUUGUUUACUAAAGACUUGGUAACCACCUGUUGUGGUCUGUUAAAUAAAAAACAAACAAAACAUAAAAAACCUGAAAUCUUUUUCAAAAAUAAAUAAAGAAAA